AUGUCGUCUGGAUUCUCCGAACAGGUACCGGCCUCCGCCUCUGGAGAUAGCAAAGAUGGGAGGUCUGGCUCCUCAACAGGCGACUGCGAUACUCUAUUUUCAUGGCGACCUUCAGUGACAGCAAAGAAACAAGAGGAGCAAAACAGGAGCCGAUACUUUAACAUGGACGACGAUAUCACACAAGCCAGUGCUUCUGCUUUUGCGAUUAGUCCUAUAUCGCAUAGCAGACCGCGACGACCCAAGGGUAGCUAUAGACAAUCAUCCUCCACGCAAAAAAUACCCCGCGACAUAAAACCACCACAUACCACUCCGCACACACCAUCCCCACGGACGCAGUCCUUUACAGAUACUAGUCUCUGCGAAGAUGGCUGGCUUGAAAUAAAGGGUACAAUCAGCGCCCCUUCGUCGGUUAUUGAGGCAAAUAUGUCUAUUGCUUUACGAUUUGAAAUGCUAGAGGUAGAGCUGGAGAAGGCGUCAUCGGAAAAAGAAAGGGAGCAGAUGGUAACAGAGGCUGUUGAAGUUAGGGCUAAGAGAGCUUUGGAAAGGCAUAUGUCAUGGGAGAGAAGUGAUGAGAUGUGGGAUUUGGACAAAGGCGACCAGUAG